AUGCGACUGCCUUCCUUAUACGCAUCUGGGAAUGACAAGGUAGAUGACCGGGGAGCAAAAAUACCAAGUGAAUUGACUGUGGCGGAAAAGGCAUACGAUAUUCCGUCGCACGCCAAAAAGCAUUCCCGGAGCUGCAGCAGUAGUGGAAGUUGUAAUGGAGGUGGUAGUGGGAGCAAUAAAUAUACUGUCGCGGACAUUGAUAAAAUAAUAGCAAAUGGUAAAAGUCGGACAGCUCAUCAUAAUUUCACUGGCACAGUAUUUGAUGAAGAAAGCAGUCCUCAUGAUUUGUGUCCGGCUCAGCGUCGUACUUCACCGCUACCGGCAGAACUUUCUGAAAAAUCUACCAUGGAGCCGACAAUCUUAGUUACCACAUUCGUGCUAGAUACAAAUUUCAUGAUCUCGCAUUUGGAAAUUUUGGAAACACUGCGAAUACUGAGUUCGCAAUACCAUCAUCGAAUUGUGAUACCUUUAACCGUGAUUCAAGAGUUGGACGGGUUGAAAGGGUCCUCGAAAACUGUCGAGGACAUAAGCAGCGAAAAAAAUGGCGAAACAAUCGGUUCUUUAGCUAGGUGGGCGAAUGAUUGGCUUUAUCGAAAUCUAGCUAAUCUUGACUCUUCUGUCAUUGGCCAAAAAUUGAGGGAAUCUAUAGAUAAAGAUUGUGUUAAAGAUAACUCAAUUUUGGAUUGUUGUCUAUACUUUCAAGGAAACUCAGACAGUUUUGUAAUCUUACUGUCCAAUGAUAAAAACUUGUGUCUUAAAGCUCUGAAAGAGGGAAUACCGACAGUGUCCUAUAGAGAAGGAAUGUCACCUCAAUUAAUCGCAUCCAUGUCUUAUACUGAGAAUGUGAAUAGGUAUGGAUUAGGAUCAUCAUCCAGGAGUGAGGACAUAAGCAUGGAUUCAACAGCAGUGCAAGAUUGUCAAAGAAAACACAGUGGUAUGAAUUUUAUAGAAGUUUCGACGCAGAUCUUUCGCGAAAUUACCCCAGCAGUUACAGACGCCAUUGAUUUCAUAAUGAUUAGCGAAUAUGGCAAUGAGCUUGAGUUAGUUGAUUACAUACCAAAUUCUUUAAUCAGUCUUCAUGAUGUUUCAAAAUGUAUCGCCAAAUAUUGGAUUUCCAUUUUUGCUGAUUAUUUCAUAAAAUCCCCUUUAAAGCAAAAUUCUUGGAAAACUUUAAAUCCAAACUUAGUCGAUAUUCCUAGAAAUUACCCAUCGUUGAGCAAUUUUAAAAUGUUCUGGACAGACGUUUUAUACAAUCUUUUCUCAAAACGAAGUGACGACGAUAAUACCAGACUUCAGCUGCUCAUUGACAGGUGGAACAAUCUCACUCAGUUAUGCGAACAUGCUAAAUAG